AUGGAUACAAGUUGGAUAGAUCUACCUACUGGCCACCCUGAAUAUGUCGAUGGUUGUAUGCAAUUCAUUGCGUUUGCCAAGCAAGGUCUAUUCGAAGGAAAAAUUAGAUGUCCAUGUAAGAACUGUAAGGUGGAUAAAUGGUUCCCGGUUAAUGAUGUAGAGCGACAUAUUUUGUUUAAGGGGUUUUAUAAGUCGUAUAGAAAUUGGAUCUUUCAUGGUAAAGGGGAUAUGGUUCAACGUAUGUUAGGGAGUGAUGGAGGGAGUACUAGUGAAGGAUCCCUUGGUAAUAAAAGUGGGUUUGUAGGUCGAGAUAAUAUGGGAGGACUAUUAAGAUCAGCUUUUAGUGUUAAUGUGCCACCAAAUUUUCCAACUUUUGAAGCAAGAGAGGAUGGUGAAUGGUAUGAGGAGCCCGUGUCAUACGACACAGAUGUUCAAUAUGAUGAUUCUACAAUAGAAGAAGAUGCGACAUAUAAGAAGCUACUUCAAGCUUCUGAGGAGAAAUUAUAUGAGGGGUGUAUUAAUUUUUCAAAGUUAUCUUUUCUUCUACACUUAUUUCACUUGAAGUGUAUGCAUCACUGGUCCAUUGAAUCUUUCAAUAUGCUCUUGAAGCUGAUUUUAGAUGCAUUUCCUCAAAUACUUGAUUUUCCCUCGUCUUAUUAUUACAGUAAGAAAAUGAUAAAAGACUUGGGCCUUGGGUAUGAAAAAAUUGAUGCUUGUCCUAAUGAUUGUAUGCUGUAUUGGGGUGAAUUUUUAGAGAAAGACAAGUGUCAUGUUUGUGGUAAAUCGAGGUGGAAAACAACCAAGGGUAAGAAGGGUGACGAUGUAAGUGAUCAAGGUACGAAUACUUGUAAGAAAGGUGUGCCAGCUAAGGUAAUGCGAUAUUUUCCUCUUAUCCCAAGACUAAAAAGAAUCUACAUGUCAUCAGAAACAGCAGAAAAUAUGAGAUGGCAUGAUACAGAGCGAUUGGGUGAAGAUGAUAAGAAGAUUUUGAGGCAUCCUUCCGAUGCCAUAGCGUGGAAGGCAUUUGAUGAGUGUUAUACAUAUUUUGCAUUAGACCCUCGUAGUGUUCGAUUAGGUCUUGCGAGCGAUGGGUUUAAUCCUUACCGUUUAAUGAACACUACUUAUAGUACAUGGCCAGUGGUGUUGAUUCCUUAUAAUAUUCCACCAUGGCUAUGUAUGAAACCAUCUUCUUUCAUUUUGUCCACACUUAUUCCCGGAAAAGCAAGUCUUGGAAAUGAUAUUGACGUGUAUUUGCAACCAUUAGUUCAUGAGUUGAAAUUGCUGUGGGGAGGGGUUGAAGCUUUUGAUGCUUUUGACGGAGUGAAAUUUAAUUUGCGCGCGGCUCUGCUUUGGACUAUUAAUGACUUUCCUAGCUAUGCAAUGCUCUCUGGUUUGAGCACAAAAGGUUACAAUGCAUGUCCUAUAUGCAUGGAUUCCACACCCUCUGAUAGAUUUGGGAACAAGAUUUGUUAUUGUAGCUAUAGAAAAUGGUUACCCGCAGAUCACCCAUAUCGACGUCAGGGUGUAAAGUUUUGUGAGAAGUUUGGAACUAAUGAGUUGGGUGAAGCCCCAUCUCGUCCUAGCGGCACUGAUAUAUUGAGGCAACAAGAAAAGGUCGAGUAUGUUUAUGGAAAGUCAAAGGCACCACCGAAAAAGAGACAAAGAGGACAUACUGAUAACAAUGAUGUCCAAGAUGAAAUUGUCUUUGGUACCAAGAGAAGCAUAUUCUUUGAUUUGGUGUAUUGGGAGCAUAAUCUUCUAAGGCAUAAUUUAGACGUUAUGCACAUUGAGAAAAAUGUGUCUGAGAAUCAUUUGGGAACACUUCUUAGUAUGGAUAAGAGUAGAGAUAAUAGGGAUGAUCGAGAAGCCCUUGAAGCAUGGACAAUAAAGACUCACCUUUGGCUUAGUGUUGAUCACAAUGGAAAUGAAUACAUGCCUUCAGCUUCCUAUUCUAUGUCUAGGGAGGAAAAAGAGAGAUUCUUAAAUGUUUUGGAGAAACUUAAAGUUCCGGAUGGAUAUGGAUCCAACCUUUCUAGUUGUGUGAAUAUGAAGCAAAGGGAGUUGAUUAACCUCAAGAGUCAUGACAACCAUGUGCUAAUGCAAGAUAUACUCCCCGUCGCCUUAAGAGUUUCUAAUGCUACAAAGGUGAUUGACUUGUUGGCUAGAUUGUCUUCGUUUUUCAAGAAGUUGUGCUCCACCAGUAUUGAUCCAGAUGAUUUAGAUGGUCUUCAAGAUGGAAUUGUUUUAACUCUUUGUCAGUUGGAAAUGGAGUUUUUGCCUUCAUUUUUCACAAUCAUGUCACAUGUAACCAAUAAAACCCAACCUGAAGGAUCUAUCGCGGAAGGCUACCUUUUAGAGGAGACAAUUAGGUUUUGCUCGAGAUAUCUUCAAGGUGUUAAGACCAUCUUCAACAUGCCUAAAAGGAUGGAUGAUGACAUUUCAAAUUCUGAUGAUUACUUAUUUAAUUCCGGCGGUCGAGUCAUUGGAAAGGAAGUCAGCAUUCGCCUUGAUGGUCAAAGCUUAAAACAAGCCCAUCGCUACGUUUUACUUCACUCUGAUGAGAUCAAAGGGGAUCUAGAUGAAAUUUUAACCGAGAAGCGUCAAAUGAACUUAGAAACUUCCGUCGCGGAGAGUGAUGAAAGUAAAUGGAUCAUCAAUGAAUUUGGAGGGUGGCUGCGAAACAAGGUACAUUCCAUAGAUGCAACCACCGAAGAUGGGAAACUAAGAAACCCUUUGGCGGGUGGUUUGCAUUCUUAUGGCAGAAAAUUAAAAGGAUACAUAAUCAAUGGAUACAAAUUCCUUUCCACUGAUCGCGAUUGUCGUCUUUUGACACAAAAUUCUGGAGUUAUGGUUGAAGCGGAUGGAGUGGCAUACUACGGAAAAGUGAUGGAUAUCUAUGAAUUAAAUUACUAUGGAGAUUAUAAAGUUGUAUUGUUUCGUUGUGAUUGGGUAGACAUUCGUAGGGGUGUAAGAACAUAUCCAAACGGCGGAGUAUGUGUCAAUUUCUCUAAAUUGAUGCAUACUGGACGAUUAUUGCAAGAUGAUCCAUUUGUAUUCUCAUCUCAAGCAAAAUAA